AUGCUUUAGAAAUUUAAAGAAGGAUUGAAAUAAAUAGAUAUUUUCGGCUAAUCCAUCAAUUUAAGUUUCCGUAAGGAAGAAUAAUACAAAACAAGUAUGGGUGGGUUCUUAUCAAUAUGUAUAAUCGGAACAAUAAUCAGUUUCUUCUAUUCAAACAUAAUUAAUUUUUUCGCAAAAUUAAAUGUUACUUCUACUCAAGAAUUUACUUUUGCGGAUGAUCCUGAUGCAUUGAUCUUAGACAAAGGACACUUCAUGUUUGCAGUUCAGAUAGAAUAAGACAAUUUUACAACGAACCCUUACUUUAAUAUCACCGUUGAAUAGCGUCACUAUUAUCGUUUUCCAAAUGGGACAUAAUAUCGUUACCCAAAUUAAUUUAUUGAUUUAGUACCAUGUACUCUUCAACAUUUUUAACCCUUGUUCGAAAUGUACAGUGUGGAUUUUGGAUAAUAGUUUGAACAAUAAAAUUUAAAAAAUUUCUUAUGCCCUAAUCUUAACUUCAUUCAUAGUCUUAAUAUGACUGUCGGUGGUGUUUGGGCAAGCACUGAUUAUUACUUUUUGAAGUUUUCUGUUACUAAUUGCAAAGAUUCCUCAUCAAGCAAUUUUACUUGGAAACCUAAUUGUAAGACUUCAGAUGAAAUCUUGAGUACUUUAAAUAAAUAAGGAAGCUUUCGUUUUUAAGUUUAUACUACAAAUUUUCUUAUAAACCCAAAUAGACCCUAGGAUUACGUGUAACCCUAUUUAGCAGUUGAUCAGUUCUAUACUUUUGUGCCAGAUAAAAUGUUUGUCUAAUCAGACAUAUUUUUCAGAACUAAGAAAGUAACAACAGAUCAGGGAAUAUUAAUGUAUCCUUAGAAAUAAAAUCAAACCUUUGCUUUUAGGGAUUAUGGAGAUUAAAGGGAAUAAUUUGAAAUUUCUAGAAUAACACCCAAUUAUUAUGGAGCAUUUUAUUUUCAAAGAAGUCCCUAUUCAUAUCACAUUAAUAGAAAAUUCUUAAGACUUGAUGAACUACUCAGUUAUUUAGGAGGAUUCACAUAAUUUAUGAUCGUUGUCGUGGGAGUAGUUGUUAGAUUCUACAAUCGACAACAUUUGGUUAUUUCUAUAGCUAAUGAUUUAUAUGAAUUUGAUAUGAGUUCACGUCGAUAAAAUACUCAAAUCCAUUUGAAUAGCUUAUUAGCAAGAACUGAGAGAGGUAGGGAGAUACUCAAGAGCAAAAUGUCUAAAAAAAUCGAGACUAUUCCUAAAAUUUAAACUUUAACACCCUUUCAAAAUAAACCUGAAAUGCUGUAAACCUCUACUCCUUUGAAAAAGUAGAAAUCACAAAUUUUUGAUAAAAAAAUGUCUAUUGAAUUAUAAUAACCUACCUAAUAAGUGUUGUAAUCCAGGCUGUCUGCAAUGAAAGCGAAAACGUUAUAAUAUUUUGAUGAUUUCAAAGAAUUUUUAAAAAGGAAACAUGUUAUUGGACUAAAUCUUAGAGUUAUUUUAACUUCUAUAAUUCCUAUCGAAUCUUUAAAAGAUGAUGAUUGUCUGGUUCUGCAAAGAGCUAUUGACUAAGUUAAUAAAGAGUUAGACAUUGAGUACAUUAUCAAAAAACUUCAUGAAUUGACAAAAUUAAAAUAAAUUUUAUUUACCUCUGAAUAAAUUACCCUUUUUAAUUUUACUCGAAAACCAAAAAUAGCAUUAAUCUAAGAGAGUAAUAAGAGAAGGUCGACGAGAUGCAUAAUUGAUGGCAUAACAACAGCAGAAGAUUGUGGAAUGAUGAAGCAAUUCAUAGAUCUUGUGAAUUCUUAUGACAAAGUGACUGGAUAAGAAUAAGAACAUUAAACCUAAGAAUAAAUUAGAUUUAAUUAAAGAUUAAUUCUUUUACUAGGCCCUGAUUUAAUGAGAGUAUUAGAAAAAGAAUUAAGUGCUUAACAGCAAUAAUAAUAAAUAGAGUCUGUAAACAAUGAUCCAAAAGACGAGGACUUAUUUAGUGAAAGAGAAAUUUAGGUGUUACAUUGA